AUGUCUUCUUCUAUAUGUGCCCUCUGUCUCGGAGACGAUACGGAGAUUCCAUCGUUCGGCACUACCAAAGAUGCUGAAGACCUUAUUAUGCCUUGCUCCACGUGCUCGUUGGUGGUUCAUAAAAUGUGCCUCAUGGAGUGGUUCAACUCGCUCCCUCCAUCUAAGGUGACUAGAACGUUCAGGGACGAGAUUCCUAGAAGGUCGAGCCUGGCUGAUUCAAGAUCAGAUAUCGGUGUUUUUCCUCCGGUGGAUGACGAUUUGGAUGAUCCGGGAAUGUUCAACUUCAACUCUCGCUGGGGAAGGCUCCUUGUGACCUGGGGUACGGAAUCAUACGUCUACACGCCCUCCCAGGAUAUGGUGGGUCUCGGAGAUAACAAUUCUGUGAUGCUUGCGGCAGAUUGCCCACAGUGUAAAAACAAGAUCGUCUUCCAAAUGUCCCACUCGUCGCUACUAGCGCUCAACACCUUGGUACGUUCGUCAAUUAAGGAUAUGGUUCUGUACCUGGGUGUGUUCAUGGGUGUUUCUGGAGCCGCCAUCGGAAUUGUCACUGUGGGAUAUGCUGGUCUUACUCGCUGUGGCGUUAAUAUGCUUGAGGUGAUGGUGCCCGAGUCCAUCUUGAUCUCCUUACUCCGUAGAAAGCCACAAUCUGGCCCUGCAACUACUUUAAGUGCAGCCGUGCCCCUGGCAGAUCGCAUGGACUGGGACGUCAACGUUUUGAGCCACUUCCGCUUCCAGCUUGUGCCGCUUCUUCCCCUCGUCUUGUUCAGAAUGCGCUUUUCGUCUAUCUUUGGGUGCCUUUUCAACUCCUCAGCACUGUCGUUACUCACAGACACUUUCAACGAAUUUCUUGUCUGUCAGUAUGUCUCGUCCCUAGGUAACCACACACUUGCAAAGGGCUUAUAUGCCAAUUUGAGACAGUGUCUUGCUUCUGUUUGGAAGUCUCGCUCCUUGGGAGCACUCGGUUGGGCUGGUCUCACAAAGAACAUCAGCUGGUGGGAUCCAAAUGUCAUGAUUGGCUCUAUGAUUCCAGCGAGAUGGAUCUACGACUUGUUGUUUAGGCUCACCAUCAACAAACGCCAUUUUGACCUCUCAAUGGCGGUUCGUCCCAAAAGCAUAGCCAACACGCUCAGUGAGAGCGAACUUGCAAAGUACGAGCUUAUUGAGAGCAAAUUGGGAAGGCUUCAUUUCGAAUUGCGGGACAAGGUCAGAAAGGCGAAGCGUAAUUCCCCUGUUGCUACUUCCCCCUCGCCAAUGAUCAACGCUAUCAAACACAAGCUUCUUGAGUUGCUGAUAAUACUCAAAGAGGACUUUGCAUGGCGCUGGCUCAAGCUCAAGCUUCAAGCAUGGCUGUUCAAACUGAUUGCAUGUCUAAAAAAUGACUACUCAACUUCGCUUCUUACGAAACUGAGAGUCGUGACGGGAGUAACUACGUUCCUUUGGCCAUUUUUAGCUGCUGACGUUGGCAGGAUCAUGCUUACAGUACUUCAGAGAUCUUCCUGGUUUCUGCAUGUUCCAAGACCUAAGUUAAUCCUUUUUGCAAAUCUUGUCGGCAUGUUUGGCGUGACAAUCAUCAAAGAUUUGUUCAACCUAUAUUUGAGCACCCACAAGGCCAAUACCUUAUCUAACAUGACUAUCGUCACCUCCAGAGGUUCACAGUCAAGCGCAUCUACAACACCAACUCCAGUAGAGCAAACCGCCGUUCCUGGAGCGUUCAACCAGUGA